AUGCUGGCCUCAGUGCUGCUGACAUCCCUGUCGCUGCUGCUCGCCGCCUUCGCCUGGUGGCAGCGGCGCCGCGCCGCCCAAUCCCUCCUCGCCCGCGCCGGGUUCCCAGGCCCGCCUUGCCCAUCUCUCAUCGCUGGCCACUUCGCCGCCCUCAGGUCAGACCCGAAACGGUGCCCUGUCCACGUGAUGGCGGCCUGGGAACGCCGCCACGGUCCCGUGUAUGGACUGAGCUUCGGGCCGACGCCGGUGGUGGUCGUGGGCGACGCCAGGGACGUGCAAAGAGUCGUCGCUCGGUCGGCCAAGGUGUUUCCCGAUCGACCGCCACUCGCGAUCCCGGUGAAACCCGUGACUGAGUCCCUGGUUGGGUUGCGGGGCGGCGAUUGGAAGCGGGUGCGGCGGGUGCUGGCGUCCAUGUUGUCGCCGGUCAAUUGCAGGAAAGUCCUGAGCCCAGUGAUCCACCAGAAACUCGACGCAUGUAUGGAAUCUCUGAUGACGGUGAGCGAACAAGAGGAUCCCGUCACGAUUGACCUGGUGACAGUGUCGGAGAGGCUCUGCUUCGACGUCGUGGGCAUGGCCGUGUUGGGAAUUGACCCUGACGAAGAGCUCUUCGACGCCGUGAGGGCGUUCCUGGGCCAGCGAUUGGACGGCGCCAUCAAGGCCGCCAUUUACUGCCCGGCUCUCGUGGGCGGUCAUCACCUCGGCGGCGGUGACAAGCAAGGAAACCUGGUUACUAGAGCCAUUUCAUCCCUGGCCCAAACCUUUGGGUUCCACCCAAAGGCCAGCAAAUUACUCUACGCCAAAGUGAAGGCCCAAGUCGAAGCCAGGAAAUCCGGUUUGAGGAAAGACGACAUUCUGCAAAUGAUGGUGGACGAAAUGUUGUCGGAAGACUCUCGGAUCUCGGAAGAAGAAGUCAUUGCCAAUGCCUGGGUAUUUUUGCUCGGCGGGUUCGACACUGUGGCCCAGGCCCUUGCCUUCACCUUGUUUCUUCUGGCUGCCAACCCGGAAUGUCAGGACAAGGUUCACCAGGAAAUCCUCAGCGAUAUCCAGGAUCCCUCCAAGCCAGAUUUUGAAACGGUCUUGAAACUGCCGUACUUGGACAAAGUGUUGAAGGAAUCCCUCAGGUUGUAUCCACCAGUUAAUCUCAACGUGUCCAGACGGUGUGAGAAGAACUUCCAGCUGAGGAAUGGUGCUCACAUACCUGCUGGUGCCACAGUUCAUUUGCCCCUGUUCCAGCUGCACAGAAAUGAAGAAUAUUGGCGAGAACCGGAAAAAUUCCUUCCUGAACGAUUUAAACCCGAAGAAGAGAAAGCGAGAACAAAAAUGUGUUACAUUCCCUUUGGUGCUGGACCAAGGUACUGCAUUGGCAAGGACUUCGCCAUCUUUGAAACUAAAAUGGCGCUGGUCAGGAUUCUUCAUAGUUUCAGGUUCGAAACAAUGGAACAGGGUCAGGAGCUGGACCUUACUCUCCCGCUGGUAACACUGAAAGCCAAAAACGGGAUCCCGGUGAAAAUGUACAGACGGGAAGGUUUUUCAAAAACCGUAUCAAGUAUGGAUAAACGUGACAAGGUUUCUUUUGCAUGAUGAGCGCAUCGGUCAAAUGUGUGGUUUUUUUUUUUAUAUAAAUUAAUUGUUUUGACUGUAGUUUUUGGAGAGGCGUUUUGAUUUUUUUUAAAUAUUAAUUUUGCUGAUUUUCGUUUUGUACACGACGGGGUUUUUUUGUGUGAGCUGCUGAGAAUUGCAGUCAAGUGCCAAAGGGAAGAAAAAAUAAGGGAGUAUAGGCGUUAUGUUUUCUGCGUGAGGCGCGUUUUAUUAUUGGAC